AUGAACAACACGACAAUACCGCCAGAAAUUGAAGCCGAGCCCUCCUAUUAUACAUUAUCUAUAUGGGAAUUGAUUCUUUUCUGCCUUCUCUAUUCGGCGAUCGCCAUUCUGGCCGUUUUCGGCAAUCUACUCGUCAUAUUUGUUACUAUCAAAAAGUUACGUACCCGUUCCGUGACCACGUAUUUCAUCAUCAACCUCGCUUUUGCCGAUUUGCUGACGGGGAUAUUUGCCAUUCCCUUCAAAUUUCAGGCGGCACUUUUUCAGGAAUGGUUUCUGCCGAGUGCCCUGUGUAAAAUUGUACCCUACACAGAGUCUGUUACGCUGUCUGUUUCCGUGUUCACUCUGACAGCCUCUGCAAUCCAUGAAUUCGGCACGGUAUUUUCACCGAAAAGAGGUCGUCUAUCCGGCACAUCGGCCAGG